AUGGCUUUCUUAAUACCACUAGCAGCAACUCCUUGGGGCGCAGCAAUAAUUGGUGGUACGGUCACAUUUGCAGCUACGAAAAUAAUUGGAUACUUCACUAAGCCGCCACCAAGUCCUCCACCACCACCAAGCCCGGAAAUCACACAACAAGAAUUAAUCAAAAGUGCUCGAGAAAAAUUAGGCAUGGAAGUGGAAAAGCAGUAUAAUUUUGCUGUUUGUGGUUGUAGUGGAACAGGCAAAUCAACAUUUAUUAAUUCUGUUCGUGGCAUUCAAGAUAUUGCAUAUAAUAGUGGGUUCGUAUAUGCUAUUGAUGGACCAGCUCCUACUGGUAUCAGUGAAACAACACAAGCACCUGCACGUUAUCGUUGGCCAAACAAUGUAUUUCCUUAUCUUACCAUAUGGGACCUUCCUGGUGGGAACACACAAACUCAUCCUGCCGAAACGUAUUUCGAAGAUAAAGUUUUAUAUGCAUUCGAUUGUCUACUGCUAUUAAAAUAUGGCCGUUUCACGCAACUGGAUAUUGAUAUUUAUCGGAAAGCUGUCAAAUGUAACAUACCGAUCGCCAUUGUCAUGACGAAAGGUGACGUUGAUAUCGAUAACGAAGCAAAGCUUAGAUUCAGUAGACCAUUUCGAAAAUUAUCAAAAAAUGAAUGCAAGAUAUUAAUUGAAGAAACGACUCGAAAACUAAAAUGCGAUGCCACGAAUGAACUCGUAAAAGCUGGAUGUCCUGAACCUCCCGAUAAUAGUAUGUUUGUCGUGGCCGCUCAAAGUUAUCGCGAUCAACUACUCGCUCUUUUAGAAGAGAAUGAUUUUCCACCAUUAGAAACAGAAAAGCUUUUCGAAGCAUGCUCUAAUAUUGCUGUAUACCGGCGAAGUUCUCAAUAA